CUCCACCUGCAGCAGUGGGACGACGACCGACGGCAACGGUCGACGCAGGAGAGAUGCAUCCCACCAAGAAGAGGAGACGGGCUCCUGAAGCACGACGAGAAGAUCUUGACGACGAUGAGGAGGAAGGGGAUGCGAGCGUUCUCGGCUUUCAGGCAUUACCUGUGGCCGAUUUACCCCUUGGCUUCGACGGCAUUCCCAUGGACGGUGCGCAGUAUCUCGCCGUUGUGAGACAAGAGGCUAGUGGACGGCCAAAGGUCGUGCAAGUCCGAAAUCCCUACGCCAUUGCCGACGUCCAAACACCAGUUGCCUCGUCGUUGCAGAGCCAGGUAGGCAUGCCGUCGCAAGAAUGGCGUGAUACGUUUCAGACAAGAUUGAAAAACAUGCGGGAGUCGCUAAAUCCUGUCGUUUCUCUCGGGUCCGCAAGUGAAGGGUUGGUGGUUCCCAAGCGGCAUGACGAGGCGAGCUGGUAUCGUUUUCUCCAUGGUCGCACCCUCAAGGACGAAGAGGAGUCGUCGAAUGGCCGGAAAAGUGGAACAGAAGGUGUAGCAGAAGGUGCUGUCGAUAGGGAUAGUCCUGCAUCACAACUCGGAAGACCAGAUGUUCAAUUAGAGGAGCACGCCGAGCCCGCUUUGAGAGAGCCGACACCUGCGCUUCUGAGCCGUCUCAAGACCAGUGACAUCCUAGCUUUGCUCGAAUUUUUUCCGUCCUGGUUCUCGCAGAGUUCUAUGGCCUCAUCGCCGUCGCCGCCAACGAUACGACACGCAGUGGACCCGUUCCAUGCCAGGUGGGUCUUUGCCCUCCUCGCCAAGCUCGACGGUCGGCUUGUGGGAGAUGAAAUCAGCACUUUGCGCGUUCUCGCUAGAGCCGGCAUCGAGCGAGUGGUGCAGGAGCGCUAUCGCCGAGCCGUGAAGAAGACUCUUCGGAAGCAGCAACAGCCACAGGCUUCGGACGACAUUGACGGCGGCGAGGUCAUGAUGAGCGAGAUGGGAGCCUGGAUGAUCGUCUGUGCUGUCAGCAGCAUAUGGGGCCAGCAUGAUCUCUGGGACGAUGCUCGAGCCGACCUUGCGAAGAUUGCUUCCUGAAGUUGCACACAGCAACGAGCAGAUCCUGUACUAUAGCCAUUUUUCUCUUUUAUCCAUCAUCUCAACCUGCC